AGUAAAUAUAAUGCAUCGUCGACAUGUAUACAACGAGUAUAUAAAGAUGAACCGAUUGUCUCGAUACUUUCAAUUACCCGAAAGUAUCGUUUACGGAAAGAACGGUUGUCUGAUACGGCGAAUAAAAGAAUAUCUUAAAAAUGGAAACCAUCAAUAUCACCAAGAAUAAUAAUAUUAACAAAUUGUUCUCUUUUGAAGAAGUGAAGGAGAUAACAAAACGCGCACUGAGUAAUGACACCAAUCUAAUAGAAUACGCUAUUCGACCGUACUCCAAUGGCAGGCUCGGAUAUCUCAGCUCUCAUUAUCGGCUCGAUAUAAUAGCUAUGAGAAAAAAGGAAACCAUUACUCUUUCAUUCUUUAUCAAGGCCGUACCUUAUGACCUACCCGAUUCAGCCGACUACAUUAUAAAAAAAGGUGUCUUCAAGCAAGAAACAACGUUUUAUAGUGUCAUAAUGCCAUUACUUCUUGAAGGAUAUUGCGGAGAACCAUGGGCGGCGAUGUGCUACAAAGUAAAGAGCGAUUCGAUAGUUUUUGAGGAAUUAAGUGGUAAGGGCUACUCGAUACGGGACAAGUUAUUCGAUAAGUCACUAAUAUGUGCGGGUUUAAGCGCUCUCGCGCGAAUGCAUGCCGCUUCUUUGCUGGCAGAAACUCGUCUUGGCACAUCUCUCAACCGGUUGUAUCCUGACGCCUUCGUGGAGAGAGGCUAUGCUCGAGAAGGAAUGACAUGGGAGUGGAUGCAAUCAGGCAUCGAUGUAGCCGCAGUUGUAGCCGAACGUUUGGGAUAUGAUCCCGAUCUGAUACGUUCGGUCUGCGAAGAGAUAUAUCAUAGUAUAAAGCCAUCACGCACAAAGACGAACGUGGUUAGUCAUGGGGAUCUUUGGGCUAACAAUCUUCUUUUCAACAACGACGUGCCUCCUAAAUGCUUGCUGGUAGACUUCCAAUUAUUGAGAUAUUCUCCCUUGGCGCACGAUGUAGCACAAUUAUUGUAUCUGUGCACAGACCGGAGCUUCCGAGAAACUUGGGAGAGCACGAUGUUGCGUCAUUAUUAUGACACGUUGCAAGAGACUCUGAACAUGCAUGAAAUCCGUGUGCAAAUACCUUCAUGGUCAGAACUAAUUGAAGGUAUGGAGGAACAACGUCUAGGCGCCGUUAUUGCCACGGUACUCUUCUUUCCUACGGUUUUAAUGAACGAUAAUCUUGCCGCGCAAUUAAUGAACAAUCCGGAAUCUUACGUCAAGUUCUAUUUUCGAGACAAGAAAGAGUUUGUCCUCUUAAACAUGAAGGAAGAUCCGAUUUAUAAUAAAAGGAUCAAUGAAGCUGUCAUCGAACUCGCCGAACUUGCCUCACGAUUAGACCAAUUACCGAAACCAUCUUAAUUAAAUUAGGAUGACGCGAUUGUCGGUCAAUUUCAAAGAAUCAUGACUAAAUGACGAUUAAUUUUAAAAAAUCAUGACGACAAUAUUCGCAAAGCUGUUCAUACGAAAAAUGACCGAGAUGGUCAGAAUAUAGCUUAUUAUCAAGGCAAUUACAUACGCGUAAAGUCAUGUUUAUGACAUGUGACGCGGUUACUCAUAAAGUACUUGCGCAUAACAAUAUGUGAAACGUAAAAAAAGAAGAUAUUCUGGUCUUAUUUUUAAGCGCAAAACCGCUAUUUUUAGCGUAGAAAAACAUGUCUAACCUUUCCAUUUAGUGCGAAUGUUUUAGACUAUAAUUAGUGGAUGUCUUACGGUCCAAAUUGCAAAAAUGAUAUUAAAAGACUAACAUUAUUAAUUGAAAAAUUACACUUAAAGUAGGUAUUCUAGAUGAUCAAAUCUUAGGAUUCUAUAAAUUUUGUACUCGACUUAGACUGAAACAUAUUUGGCCAUUUUAAUUUAGAUAAAUAUCUAAAAUAUCUAAAAUAAAUAUAUAGAACAAUCUCUCGAUAAUAAAAUAACAAUGUGGCAAAUGAAAGUAACGGCACAGUAAUUAGA